AACCACGCUAAAACCGCACACGGUUCUUUAAAACAGAUACGUACAAUAAAAAAGUGACGCCACCGUAAUAGCAGCGUUUACCCCCGCGAUCGCUCGUAGCCUACAGCCAGGUAAUGUUCUUGCGAGCUCCUCGACGGUUAGCACAGUCAGUAUCGUACUAACAGCGCCGUCGUCUCAAUCGCCGUCUCUAAGUAAAUCGAAUACAACACUGUAGUCAGGUGCGUUUUUGUAAUUUAUGUAAUUUAAGUGCGAGUCGGUCAUCUCGGCUCAGAGUUUAUUAACCGGUCGACAGUAUUAUAUCUAAAGAAAAUAUUAUACCAGCGUCUGUAUUCUUAUUUAUUGCACUCGCAACGCUACAGUUUGGAAAAACGGGACAUGAACUGUCGAUUCUAAUACUGAAAACCUUCAGCAGUUCUCUAUACUAGAAUUUAAACACAUUUUAUUUAGCAUUAAAAUAAAACUACUACAAUGUACGACAACAAAUUAUUAUUAUUAACGAUAAGUCUGUUUGUUAUUGUAUACGGAGCACCUGAAGAUCGUAGAAAAUUUGUUCGAGUUAUAACUGAACCUAAGCCUGGUGAAGAAUAUGUCAGUAUUCAUACAGGAAAACCUUCAGCUGGAGCAGUACAAGAAAAAUCCUUAGACGAUCAAAUGAAUGUAAAUAUACGUGAUGAAGGACAGAUAGGAGUAAAAGACAUAACAGCAUCAGUAUCACAAGAUGAAAAAAUUUUUGCAAACAAAAAAGUACACCCUACAUAUGAAGAAAUAUCAAGAAAAUCAAUACCUCCGAGAAAGUUCAACCUUAUGAAAUCUGAUGAAACGAUUAACACACAGCUUAAUAAUAAAUUAAAAAAUAACAAUAAAGAUCAAACAAAUAAAUCUAAAAUUCAAGAAAAUAAGGAAGAUGAUGGUUUAUAUGAUUUUGUUGAUUCACCAUUUGGAGGUCAACUUGUUGGCUCUGCUUCCUCACAAGCAUCAAGAGUUAAUAUAAAAAAAGCUCCUAAUGGUCAGGAAUAUGAGUAUGAGUAUGUAUAUUACUACUAUGAUGAAGAUGAUGAAAAGUCUGGAUCUAAAACUGAAUCAAAUACACCAAAUUCACUAACUAAACUAGAGAAAGACAGUAAAGAACGAAACAAAACUAAAAAGCCAACAGUGUUAGAUGAAAAUAAAUUUAUCCUAAGUACAAAUAAUGACAGAUUCCCCAAAGUUGAAGAUCAUUCUGUAAGAAAGGAACCAGAAGAAGGCCCUGCAAAUUUUGUUAUUAAUGAUAUACCAGAACGCCAUUUGAAAACAAAGGAUUCUGGACGUAACCUUGAAGAAGCUCUAUCGUUACCAUCCCCGUCUGUUUCCGAAGAACGCCUUCCAUCUAAUGCAAGAUUCCCAGUUCGAUCUCGUGGUAACUCAAGACCUACUCAAGAAAACGACACCCAACAAAUUACAGACUCUGCUAUUACUCGAGUUAACAGCGCCUCACAGCCAGAUUCUGAUAUAGUCAAUAGCAAUACAUUUAGAUCGCAUUCUAACGAUGAACAGUUUAUUGUUACUUCACCAAGACGUGAAUACCAGAGAGAUGCAGUGGUGCAAACAACAGCUGUAGUAGCAGAUCAAGCAGCCACUACUAAUAAUGCUUAUAACACACAGCCUACAGAAACGGUAAUUUCGGUUGUAACCGAAUCCGUAGUAAGCUUAGAUCGGAAUCCAGACAAUACCGAUAUGGACAAAAAGGGUCUGUCUUUGACAACGACAUUACCUCCUGAUGAGGUUAUCGCCGUUACUACCCAACUUGCAGGUCUGACAGACAAAGGAGCUGUUGACUUGUAUGCAAUUUUACAACAAACUCGAAGUGAAGAAACAGCGAACACCAUAUUACCCUUUGAGCAAUCAACGAGAUUUGACGAUAACGAUACUCCAUUCCCAACAACGUUACGUUUAGUUCCAACAACAACCACUACCACCACAACAACUACUACUACUACAACUCCAGCUCCAACAACUACUACAACUACAAUUUUGGCUCCUACUCGUCAAUCUGGAUUAGUACGUAAUCGCUACAGGGGCGUAGUUGGCAAUAGAAAUGGUAUAACAUCAUCUACUACCACUACCACAACUACUGAACAACCCACUAAUAAUGACGGAGUUACGGAGAGACGUAAAUUUAAACCCAGUAGGGAUCGAGUAACUCAAGGACAGUCCAUUUACAGUAAGAGAUAUCAUUCAUCGACAGCAACUCUAGACAAAGAUUCAACUACAACCGAAAGCGAGGUGGUAACUAGAGCAACAAAACAUUCAUUUGGUCGCCAACGAACGCGUUCAAGCAAGCCUCAAUCGAGCACUGUAUCUAUUGAUGAGACACCAAUUGAAGUAACUUCAGCUGUACCAAGACCAAACUUUGCUGAUAGAUCUAACUUGAGAAAACAAAAUAAUAGAAACAAAUUCACAAUAUCUACUACAGCAGCAACUGUUACUCUAGCAACAGCAGAAGAUAACGUUGCAAAUAGCCAAGUUGCUGAAUCCGAAUCCUCUGAACCAAUUUCGACAACUUCAAAGGCUAUAGGAAACAGACUUAAACCAAAUAUAAGACCAUUGAGACCCGGGUUAAGGUUAGGAAGCAGCGGACGAGGUUCAUCGACUACUCAACUUCCAAUCACAUCAACAACUCAAACAUUGGCAGUCGAAAUUUCAUCUGAAAACGAAAGCAAAGAUUCUAUUCAAGAAUCAAAUAGUACAACUCAAACUACAGAUUCUCUCUCCAGGUUUAAAAAUAAGAACAGAUUUAGAGUUCCUGAAAAACAGUCAUACCAAGCACCGAGACAACAGAUUAUUGCUCCUGUAACAGGGCAAAAUCGUAAAAAUUUGCUGUCAAAUUUGUUACCAAAGAAGAAAUCUUUGCAAACCGAAGAACCCCCAAUAGAAGAAAUAAAACCAGUAGUAGAAAAUGAACAAGAUAUUGAUAAUAAUAGAGACAUACAAAAUGAAGAGGAACUGAACAGUCAACAAAUCCAGGCCGCUAGUACUAGCAGUACAACAGAGGCUCCGACUUCGUCUACAAAUCGAUUGUCAUCAUUAUUGGCAAAAAGAAAACCUCUACAAAGACGGCCAGCAGAUCUUCAACUACAAAAAACCACUAAUCAAGAAUAGUAAAAUCAUCAAAACUGAAUUGAUUAGUGAAUUUUUUGUAUAAUAUUACACAUGAACAGCACAGAUCAAAUAUUCUAUAAGUAAUUUGUAAAUAUAGAUAAAUUAACUAUAAUUAUUAAAUGUAAAUAAAAAUUAAUACUAAUUUUUAGUCAAAACACUUUUACUAUUACAAUCGAUUUUGUCGAAUUAAAUGAUAAAACUUUUCCAUUCUAAUAAUUUUUUUUACAAAAUGUUUUAUAAAUGUUUUCAAAAUAGAUGUACAACUUUACACCUAGAUUCAGGAAAUUUUAUUUUAUUUUUUGA